ACUGUUAUCUUUAGCAGUUGCUGAUCAAACUUCAGGUUGAUAUCAUUCAAAAAGCAAGAUAGUAUCUGGCAGUUAAAAAGUUACAUCUUAUGGAAAUGGAACUAAACGCUUUGUCGAAAAAAUCCUACACGCUCAAUACAAAUUUUGAGCUCGGUGAAAAAUCAUCUGGAGAAGGAAAAUUUGCUACUGUUUCGGAGGAUGGCAAAAAAAAUGGUACCGAGGAACUUCUUCAGCCUGGAUCUGAUAUCCAACCAAAAGUUACCAUAGAAGAUGUUAAUAACCUAGCUCAGAGGUUGUAUGGGAUUACAGUUGGGGAAUUGAAAGAGAUGAUUUCUUAUGAUGAUCGGAAUUAUUUUAUUACUGAAGACAAGAACGUAAAAAAUCCUCUUAUAACUCGAACCUGGCCGCAUGGAUAUACUUUGAAAAUUUUAAAUGCUCACGACUCCAAAGAACCGGAAUUCAUAGAUGCCCAAAAUGAAUUACUAAUGCAUUUAUCUAAACAAGGCAUUCAGUGUCCAAGACCUGUUGCUAACCUACAUGGUAAAUACUUCUCUGUGGAGAAAAUUAACGGUGUCAAUUAUGUUGUGAGACUUUUGGAAUUUAUUCCUGGAAAAAUUUUCAACCAAGUAACAAAGUCCAAUUACUUGUUCUUCCAAAGUGGAGAGUACCUAGCAAAGGUCAAUCGUGCCUUGAAGGACUUUAAUCACGAUGCUUAUCAAACGCAUAAAACUCUGUGGAAUCUUAUGUCCAUUCCUAAACUUAGAGACUUCGUAUACGUUCUAACAGAUCAUGGACGUAAAUCGAUCGUUGAACAGAUCAUCGAAUCUUUUGAAACCAAUGUCUUGCCACAUGUCGAUAAGAUGAAGAAGCAAGUCAUUCAUGGAGACUAUAACGAACAAAAUAUCAUAGUCGAGCCGAAGAAAAACUCAGAUGAAUUCAGAGUUUGUGGUAUCAUUGAUUUCGGUGAUACGACCUACUCACCGAUUAUUUUUGAAAUUGGAAUAGCAAUGACUUAUAUGAUUUUGCAAGCAAAGAGUCUGGUAGCUGGUGGAGUAUUUUUGGCCGGUUAUGAUACAAAUAAACCUCUUAAGCCGGAGGAGAAGAAAUUUUUAAAAUAUUGUGUGGCAGCAAGAUUAGCUCAGAGUCUAACGAUGGGAGCAUACACACAUUCAUUACAUCCGAGCAAUGAUUAUGUGCUGGUGACCCAGGAAGAUGGUUGGAAAUUGAUCGAAGAUUUAUGGGUUCAUAACUUUGAGGGAAUCGAUGAAAUAUGGGCUGAUGCAGCUGAUAAUUAUCUGAAACAGAGUGACAAGUGAUGGGAAUGAAGAUGAUAAUAUUGGAAGUUUUUUUAGUUUUAAGAUUUGUAUUAUGUUAUGUUUAUUUGAAACUCAUUCUAUAUUCUUCAUUAUGCAACUAAAGUCAAUUAAAUAAUAAAUAAAGCAAUAAUAUUUCGAUAAAUAA